AUGUACGGCGAAGACCCUGUAAAGAGUUGUCGGAAAAACCACGCAAAGAUGACGGAAAUCCUCAGCAACGAAUCCACCCUCUGGGACCGCUACAACACCCGCGGCCAAAACGUAAUGCUCCCCGAAGUCCAAUUCGACGAAUUCCGUGUCGGCUCCCAGUUCUGCGUGCUCAAUCGAAAGCACGCGUUGAUGGUGAUCAAGGACCGGAAGCUGUGGCGCAAGUUCAAGCUGCCGUGUCUGAACAUCCAAUCGUGCUACCCCGAAGAGCACUACUUCCCGACAAUGCUGUCGAUGCAGGAUCCGAACGGAUGCACCCGUUACACGUUGACGAGGGUGAAUUGGACCGACAGCGUGAACGGGCACCCGCACACGUACCACCCGCCCGAAGUGUCGCCCGAGCUUAUUUACAGGCUUAGGGAAUCGAAUUCGAGCUAUUCGCAUAUGUUUGCGAGGAAAUUCUCGCCCGAUUGCUUGACCCCUUUAAUGGAGAUUGCAGAUUCGGUCAUUUUCAAGGACUGAUCUUUGUUUGCAUCUGAAGAGGGGAAAAAGCAAAAGGCAAAGUUUUUGAGGCUUAUGAAUGGUGAUGAAGUUGGAGUUGUACCCCAUAUGGGAUUAGGGUUUUUUUGAGUGGCUAUCAAGAAUAAUAAAAAGCCCUCAACCUAAGUAACCCAAAAAGAGUACAACUCAAUCAAGCAAAGGGGAAACAAAGAAUUGGGGGUUUUUAACAUGCAAUGUAAGAAUUAAGGCAUACAUCUAUUUGUAUGUAUGUUGUUGUAGUGGCACAAGAUUUAGGAGAUUGGUUUUGAAUGGUGAUUUUGAGGGCUUUUUGGUUGUUUAUAAUUUUGUAAAUAUAAAUAUUUGUAUGAGUGGAUGGAAAUGUUGAUGUUUGAGGAGAGAAUGAACAAAUCUUGGCUUAA